AUGCGCGCUUACACGAUUGUAGCCGCUGUGAUCUUGGCCAUUGUGUAUGUCCAUGCUCAAACACCUAAGAGUAAAUUCGAUUCCAAAGCCAAGAGCUUGGGUAUAGCCUUCCUUACUGUGGCAGAAAUUGCUAAAUUUACUGAUUGCAUAGAUGACGAGUUCUACAACGAAGCCACUAUAGACAAAGUAGCCGACCAAUGUAUCCCAUGUGCGUUGAAUUGUGUCCCUAUGAGCAAAUAUACGACUCUCAUGGGUAUGAUGACCAAAAUGGACAAAUGUAUGGAGAAGGAAAAGCAGACUACGUUGAAACUUAUCGACAAAAUUAUGCCACCAGCAAAGACCGUUCUUACAAAAGCCUAUGAUGCGAUCAUGACGGAUGUGAAAAAGGCAAAGAAAAAUGGUAAAAAGAAGGCCGCUGUGCUGGACAAGGGAUAUGAAACGGCAGCUGCAGUAACGACCAAGGCACUCAUCCAACAAUUGUGUAAAAAGCUAUAUGACAAAAUUACCAAACUUGAAUGGGACUGCUUCAAACAACAUGCUGAUGCUCUCAUCACUUUCAAAAACUACAACUGUUCAACAUGGGAAAAGAAAAAGUAG